AUGAGUCCGAAGGCCCUUGUCCAGGUUGUACCAGACAGCAACCCUGAAAGCUACGAGGCUCAACACGUACACCAUGUAUAUGAUCAAAUAGCGAGCCAUUUCUCCUCCACACGGUACAAACCAUGGCCUCUCAUUGCCCGCUUCAUCUCGGAGCUUCCAACGGGAUGGGUCGGUCUGGACGCGGGAACGGGGAAUGGAAAGUACCUGCCCUUGCCGCUGGACCGUCUUGGAAGCGUAUGGACGAUCGGCCUCGACCGCAGCAGGAAUCUACUGGAAGUCGCGCGAAAGGCUGGUAGCUCCUCCGCAGAUGUGACUCGCGAGGUCAUUCUUGGGGAUGUGCUGGACCAAUGUUGGAGGCGCGGCGCAUUCGAUUAUGCGAUAUCGAUUGCGACCAUACAUCACUUAUCCACUCGCGCGAGGAGAAAAGAAGCGAUAAAGCGCCUUCUUGAAGCCGUAUCGCCCGAGCACGGACGAGUAUUAAUCUAUGUUUGGGCCGUUGAACAAGACGAGCUGUCAAAACGGGUCGUCCCAUCAUCGUCGGAAGAACGUUACGUAGAGAAUCAGAACUUUGACGGUCAAGACGUGUUCGUACCAUGGAUAAUGACCAAGGCUCCCAACAAACAGAUCUCUGGACAAACAUUUUUUGAAGGAGCGCCAGCCUCUCCACCAACGUUCAAUCGCUACUAUCAUAUGUUUGCUCGGGGAGAACUACGUGCGCUGGCGGAAGAGGUAGUUUCCGAUAUGGGCUUGAUGCUUGGUGAACCCUUUGUGGUGUCUGCGAGUAGCAAUGGCGCGAAUAUGGGAGCCAGGUUCACUCAGGAUGGAUGGGAACGGUCAAAUUACUACCUUGAAAUUAGGCGAUGGCAUGCGAUCAACCACAGGUAG